UUUCAUUAAACAAACCAGAGAUCCCAAACCCCAAAACCAGGACCCGAAGGCGAGAGGAGGCAGCAGAGCUCGGGAUGGUCGCUGAGGGGGAUCUGUGAUCCCGCGCACCCCAGUCUCCUGCGCGCGCGCGCGAACACACACACACACACACACACACACACACACACACACACACACACACGCACACACACGCACACAUACACCACACAAACACACACUUGCACACGCCCGCGCCGCGCGCUCGCCCGCUCGCUCUCCCACGCAGGCGGAAUGCAGCAGCGCCGGGGGGAGCUUUUCUGCAGCCGCUGCCUGAAUGCACCGCGCUGCCCGCAGCCGGGCCGCCCAAUAGGGCGCAAGGGAGGAAGCUUAGGCCACCUGAGCUACCUCUUCUGUAUCCUCAGUUCACAUAAGGACAUUACCCCAGAUGAGAAGACAGAAGUUGUACCAACAUCCUUUCUGCUCCCCCUAAAACUUCAUCCCUUCAGCCUGGACAGUUUCAGACAGUACAGUCUCACUACAUGGUUUGAGAAAUGGCUGUAGGAAACAACACUCAACGCAGUUACUCCAUCAUCCCGUGUUUUAUAUUUGUCGAGCUUGUCAUCAUGGCUGGGACAGUGCUGCUUGCCUACUACUUCGAAUGCACUGACACUUUCCAGGUGCAUAUCCAAGGAUUCUUCUGUCACGACGGAGACCUAAUGAAGCCUUACCCUGGGACGGAGGAAGAAAGCUUCAUUGCCCCUCUGGUGCUCUAUUGCGUUCUGGCUGCCACUCCAACCGCUAUUAUUUUCAUUGGUGAAAUAUCCAUGUAUUUCAUAAAGUCAACAAGGGAAUCCCUGAUUGCUGAGGAGAAAACAAUCCUAACAGGGGAAUGCUGUUAUCUGAAUCCCUUACUUCGAAGGAUCAUCAGAUUCAUAGGGGUGUUUGCAUUUGGACUUUUUGCUACUGACAUUUUUGUAAACGCCGGGCAAGUGGUCACUGGCCACCUAACACCGUACUUCCUGACGGUGUGCCAGCCAAACUACACGAGCGCAGACUGCCGGGCACACCACCAGUUCGUCAGCAACGGUAACAUCUGCACUGGGGACUUGGAAGUAGUAGAGCAGGCUCGGAGGUCCUUCCCGUCCAAACACGCUGCUCUGAGCAUUUACUCCGCCUUAUACGCCACGAUGUACAUCACAAGCACAAUGAAGACAAAGAGCAGUCGGCUGGCCAAGCCAGUGCUGUGUUUGGGGACCCUCUGUACCGCCUUCCUGACGGGCCUCAACCGGGUCUCAGAGUACCGGAACCACUGUUCGGAUGUGAUCGCCGGGUUCAUCCUGGGCACCGCAGUAGCCCUGUUCCUGGGAAUGUGUGUGGUUCAUAACUUCAAAGGAACACAAGGCUCUCCUUCUAAACCCAAACCUGAGGAUCCCCGUGGAGUUCCCUUGAUGGCUUUCCCAAGGAUAGAAAGCCCUCUGGAAACCUUAAGUGCACAGAAUCACUCGGCCUCCAUGACUGAAGUCACCUGAGAUGAAUGAAGAGAUGCAGUUGUAACUGGUUUCUUUUUUUUUCCUUCAACAACCUUCCAGUUCAAUGCUUCAAAACACACAGUGACUCAAGUCAAACUGUGAAGACAAGUAUUACAUUUAUCUAGUUAGAUGCUAAUGUUUUGUACAUUUUUGUAUUAAAAAGUGAUGUAGCUUGCCCUGAUCUUUUUUGUCAGUUUUAAUAUAUUUAUGCCAGAAUUUUAAAACCAACAAAAAAUUCCUCUUGUUCAAGUGUGCAUUGAAGAAUCACAUUUAUUCAAUGGUUGAUGUUGUUUUGUGAUAUUUGUACACAAACCUUUUCUCAGUUUUAUAGACACAAAUAAAGUGAAUGAUCCACUUUAAACCUUUAUUACCACAGUUGCUGCCUCCUCCAGAAGCUUUGAAUUUCAAUGAGAGUUAAACUUUUGAGUUACAGGAAGGACCAUGGUGGUUAAUCAUAAAUUUCAAAAUCAGUCUUUGGAAAAAAAUAUUUGGAGGGAACAUCGUGUUCUGUUCUGUUAAUAAUUUAUUUCAUUCCAAAUUAAAGUGGCAGUGGCAUACUAAAUAUUGAUACAGAAGCUAAUAUUGGGGGUGGCAUGGUUAUAUGACUCUCUCUUAGAUAGUGGCCUUUCCCACCUAAAGAACUCAAGGUAGAUCUGGAAUUCUGUCCUUAGGCAGGCAGGUGACACUGCAGCCUUCUAUCCAAAAGAGCAGCUAGCACCAGCCUUUCCUGAUAACUCAACAGUUUUGUAUUCGUAUUGUAUGAACUUUUUAAGAAAAAGAAUAUUUUAUGAUUUGCACAGUAUUAUUUUACAGAAGGAUAUCAGAGCAUCUACAAUACAGAGCCCAGAGCAACAUCUUCACUUGGGGGCUUUAAACUGUUCUUGAAUUUUAACUGCAUUCCAUUUUCUAGCAUGGUGAUAAUGCGUCCCUCCUUUGAGAGAAGGCGUUCCCUAUCUGUAUCUAUCAAGAUUUUUUCUUGAUACACCCAUGUCAGCUCUUAUUAGUUAUUUUGUACAUAUUUUUUUCUAAAUAGAAGAAAGAAAAGUUAUCACAAAAUGUAUUCUAACUCAUGUCCUUUGUUUGACACUUCACAGAGUGACCCGAAAGUGUUUGUGUUUUUCAGUUCAUGUGAACUGAGGUUAAAUGAACCCAACUAGGAGCAUGACUGAAAGGCCAUCAGGGAGAAAGGAAAGGGAAGUAAGGACAGAGAGUGAAUGGGAAUGGAUACGUGUGUGUGUGCAUGCAUGUGCGUUUAAAUAAAAUGAUAGAAUUCCUUGAUUUAUUAAGCUACUCAAAUGUACUUUCUGAAUUCCUAGUGUGAUACCUUAGACUUCAGCUUGCUCUGGAACUUCUGAGUUUUCAAUAAACACUUAAUCUUCUUUUAGGAACAAAA